AUGUGUCCAGAAAACGUAGAUUUAUUUUCCGCAAUUAGUCUUUCUGCGAACACUGUUGCUCGUAGGGUUGAACAUAUUGAAAGAAAUAUUAAAUCACAGCUAAAAGACAAAGCCAGCAAGUUUGUAUGCUUUUCUGUUGCACUUGAUGAGUCAAUUGAUGUAUCAGACACAUCCCAAUUGUUAUUGUUCAUCAGAGGAAUAAAUGCCAAUUUUGAGAUUACUGAGGAACUUGUAUCUGUGCACAGCAUGCAUGGAACAACAACAGGCAUAGAUAUUUUUAGAGAAGUGGAAAAGUCAGUGGCUGAGUAUAAUUUGGAAUGGAAAAAACUAAAAUGCAUAACAACAGAUGGUGGCAGAAAUAUGUGUGGAACCAAAAAGGGCUUAGUUGGGCAAAUUAACAAAGUAAUUGAGAAUUCCGGUGGAUUGAAACCUUUGGUAUUGCAUUGUAUUCUUCAUCAGCAAGCACUGUGUGGAAAGCAUCUUGAUUUAUCAUCUGUAUUAGAUCCUGUGAUUUCCACUGUUAACUACAUAAGAUCUCAUGGACUCAAACAUCGCCAAUUUCGUGAUUUCUUGGAGGAAAUGAAUGCUGAGUUUCCAGACCUACCUUACUAUACUUCAGUAAGAUGGCUUAGCUAUGGAAAAAUUCUGGCUAGAUUUUUUGAGCUUCGAACUGAAAUUGAAAUAUUUUAA